GAGUCCAUCGAAGUGGUGUUGCAGAAUGUCUGGGUGACGGAAGUGACCGGGUGGCCAGUCUAUACUCCUUGUAGUGAGUGUCACACCAAGAUCGAUCCAGAGAGUGGUGAGUGCAAGAAGAAGAGCACUGGGUGCGCGUCCACCCCUGCAUCGGAAGUCAAGGUCCUGGCGACUCUGAAUCUGAGCGACCCAACCGGUUGCGUGGAGAAGGUUUUGGCCGAUGAGGAAGCUCUGUGCGUCAUGACCAACAUCAAACUGGAGGAGAAGGCCAAGCUGGUGAAAAUGUUGGAAAGGCAUGGGGUGCAAUUUCUUUGUUUUCGUCAACCCGUGGAUGUCCGUUUAGGGACGGCCCCAUACAUGACAAAGAGUCGCAGGGAUAAGGGCGCGGCACUUGGAACGCAAGACACAGAAACGCAGACGGUCUUUGCUGCGGAGAGUCAGUUUCAAGUCUUAGCUGCCAAGCCGUGCUUUGCCGUGGGCUUCAAGGAUGAUGAGCGACCCUCGCUGCGGAAAAUUCUCAGUCACGGACAGCAGCAGCUGGUGAACUGUGUUUAUCCCAUCAAGUGCGUCUACCAAGAUGUGAGUUACUCCAGCUUGGGCAUCAUCGUCAACGAUGCCCCAAUUCAUCCGAGCUAUGUCAGCAUUGUGGCAAAGGCUUGGAGCGAACCGACACCCCAGCCGAUUGGACAGGGCGAAAACCAGCAUGUCUUGAUGGUGCAUGAGGAGGUCACCCCAUACCCCAAUGGUAGCAAGUUCCGAGUGGAAGCUGUCUGCAGCAUUGCAGAAUGUCACAUCUUCAACAUGGGCAACCUGGAGCCUCGACUACUCGUCGGUCGCUUGACGCGGGACGGCAAGGAAGGACAGGUCACUCUGUUGGCAGAAAGGGCUUUUCCAUGCACCAGUGAACAAGCCCAGGUUUUGGACCAAGAGCGCGAUGCCAUUGGGCACUGGUCAGAGGGAACCCAGAUCCACACGGUUUCGAAGAAGCGGCCAGCGGACGACUUGGUGACUCCAACACCGUUGAAGAGAAUGUCGGGCGCAUGGGCUGCUCCUUGA